GAAAGAAGGAUGUGCACGCACAUCAACCAACAGUAUAUAGACACGAGCAGUGUACGCCUGUACUUGCGGCGCAUUGCGAUAUAGACAUGGACGCCUCGUCGCUUCUUCCACUGUUGCAUGGUGCACCCCUGCUCUUCCUCAGCCUGCUUGUGUCAAUCUUCGUCUCUUUCCUCCUCCUCUUCGCCAAGAAGCCUCGUACAUCCCGCGGCAAUGGCGGCCCACGUCUGCCUCCGUCGCCGUGGGGCUUUCCCAUCCUCGGCCAUCUCCCUCUUCUCGGCCCCCUGCCGCACCGGAAGCUCCGGUCCCUGGCCGAGGCGCACGGCCCCGUCAUGCUCCUGCGCCUCGGCGGCGUGCCCACCGUCGUGGCCUCGUCGGCGGACGCGGCGCUGGAGGUCAUGAAGACCCACGACCUGGCCUUCGCGAGCCGCCCCGUGGUGCGCAUGGCGGAGCGCCUCUUGUACGGGCGCGACAUGGCCUUCGCCCCCUACGGGCACUACUGGCGGCAGGCGCGCCGCGUCUGCGUGCUCCACCUCCUCAGCGCCCGCCGCGUGGCCUCCUUCCGCCGCGUCCGGGAGCAGGAGACCGGCGCCCUGGUCGACCGUGUCCGACGCGCUGCCUGUGCCUGCUCGCGGCCCGAGGAUAACGUCGUGAACCUGACCGACGAGCUCAUAUCCUACACAAGCGCCGUCAUCUCGCGGGCCGCGUUCGGGGACGAAGGAGGGCAUGGUAUCGACGACGACCUGACGGAGGUGUUCGCCGACUUCGAGGAGCUGCUCGGGACGGCCACGGUUGGGGAGUUCGUGCCGUGGCUGGCGUGGGUGGAUACGGUGAUGGGGCUGGACGCCAAGGUGGCACGGUCGCGCAAGGUGAUGGACAGGCUUCUCGAACGGGUCAUCUCGGACCACCGCCAGCGGCGUCUCGGCAGAGGACGGCGGCUCGUUGGCGACGGGGAGGAGGAUCACCGAGACUUCGUGGACGUGCUGCUGGACGUCAGCGAGGAUGGAGAAGACUCCGGAGGAGUCCGGUUCGACACGGUCGGCAUCAAGGCCAUUAUCCUGGACAUGUUCGCCGCGGGCACCGACACGACCUACACGACUCUGGUAUGGGCCGUGGCGGAGCUCAUCAACAACCCAUCCGAGAUGCACAAGCUCCAGGCCGAGAUCCGCGCGGCCGUCAAUGGCGCCAGCCGCGUCACCGAGGACCAUCUCGAGCAUAUGAGCUACCUCAGGGCCGUGAUCAGGGAGACCCUCCGGCUGCACGCGCCUCUGCCGCUCCUCCUGCCCCGGGAGACGCUCGAGGACACGGAGCUGCUCGGUUACCGCGUCCCGGCGCGGACCCGCGUGGUGGUGAACGCCUGGGCCAUCGGCCGCGACCCGGCGACGUGGGAGCGCGCCGAGGAGUUCGUCCCGGAGAGGUUCGCGGAUGGCCCGGCGGAGUACGUGCUGGGGCAGGACUUCAGGUUCGUGCCGUUCGGCGCCGGAAGGAGGGGGUGCCCCGGAGUCGGCUUCGCCGUGCCGUCCAUCGACCUGGCGCUCGCGAGCAUGCUGUACCAUUUCGACUGGGAGCUGCCACCGGCGGCCGGGGCGUCGAAGCUGGACAUGAGCGAGAUGUAUGGGCUGUCUGUCCGGCUCAAGGCCACGCUGCAUCUGGUUGCUAAGCCGUGGUCUCCUUGACGCCUCUGUAUUUGCGACUUUGGGAUUGCUUCAACUGCCAGAAAUGGUUUUCUAUCAUGCACGAAAUAUGUUGUGUAUGUA